UGCGGGGUUGCGGGUGAGUGCUGCAGGGCUGCGGGGUUGCGGGUGAGUGUUGCGGCCCCGUUGGCGGGGAGGCUGCUGCUCCCUCCUCGGAAGGUGGUGGGGAUGCUAAACCUCCGCAGCGUCCAGUAGCUGAUCAGUCCCCUCAUCCCCCCCGGACCCGUGCCCGCGCCUCGGCGUGAGUCUAUGCGGGACCAUGAGCCUGGUGUCCGGCUUCCCGCACCCCGCGCUGGUGCACCCCCACGACGGCCACCACUACUCCAUGCACGCCGCGGCGGGGGACGGGGGCGCGCCCCCCUACUUCACCAGCUGGGUGAUCGGACACGCAGACGUGUCCGCGCCUGAGUACGGGUACCCGCCCGGGUACAGCCCGGAGUACCACGGCACCGAGGGCGGCGGGGCCGCGGGCCCGGACCCGCACCACCACCACCAGUACGGACACGGAUCCCUGAUCCCCAGGCCCGCCGCCCUCAGCACGGUGGCCGGGCACCCGCACCCGCACCCCCGGCCCGUGAAGCGCAGGCCCACGGCCAACCGCAAGGAGCGGCGCAGGACGCAGAGCAUCAACACGGCCUUCGCCGAGCUGCGGGACUGCAUCCCCAACGUGCCCGCGGACACCAAGCUGUCCAAGAUCAAGACGCUGCGGCUGGCGACCAGCUACAUCUCCUACCUGAUGGACAUCCUGGACAAGGACGGCCCGCACGGGGACGCGCACUGCUUCAAGGCCGAGCUGAGGAAGUCCGAGGGCCGGGAGAGCCGGAGGAGAGAGCCGGUGGAGAUCCCUAAAGCCAUUUCCUCCUCCUCCUCAUCGUCCUCUUCGUCCCCGGGUGAUAAGAAGAGUAAAGGUCGGACGGGAUGGCCUCAGCAUGUGUGGGCUCUGGAACUCAAGCAGUAGCAGCUCCGCCGUCCAGACCGAGGACACACUUUCAACCUGGGCUUCUUCCUCAGAAACGGUGCUGGGGCCUGAGCUGCGUACUCUGAUAACCGGUGUGGCAGCCACCGAUGUCCGUCUGUCCGUCUGUCCGUCUGAAUCUCCACGCUGCCCAAAGGAACCUGCAGUGGAUAUCCUGUAGGCCGUAACUCUGCUGGCUCGGCCACGGUGGAAGGGAAAUAACACGAUAAUGGAGCAAAAUGUUGCUGUCACCCUGAUUUACAUCUUAAAUUAUAUUAAACCCGAGUUACACUCCCAA